UAUAUAUAUAUAUAUUAUAUUAUAUUAUUCAGAUAUGAAAUUACUAUUUAUGGCUUGCCUGAGUCCUAAAACCGGCAACUGUACAACAGCUGAAAGGAUCAGGGAGCACAUUGAAGCAGCAGGUCAUACCUGCGUUCUUCGAGAUACUGCUGACUUCAAAAACUCAGAGGACGUGGCAGACCUUAUUGCAGAAGAGAAGUACGAGGGGGCACUCGCUAUUCACCUCUAUAAAUCAGGCAGGCUCCUACUGGACAGCUGCAUUCCGUUUGGGAUUGUGUUUGGAGGAACGGAUAUUAACGAAGAUGUGAAGGGUGAAACCAAACGACCAGUCAUGGGGCAGGUGUUGCAGAAAGCAAGGUUUGCUGUGGCAUUCUCAGACAGAUUGAAAGAAGAGGCAGAAGCCUUUUGGCCAUUCCAUGGGAGUAAAAUAUAUGUCCAGCCGCAAGGGAUUGAGACCAAAGCUGGCACAUGCAUCAAUUGGAGGAGCUUUCUGAGGUGUACAGGUAUAGACAAUGAAAAUGUGGACGACUUGCACGUUUUCUUUCUGGUGUGUGGAUUGAGAAGAGUAAAGGACCCUCUCUACUUAGUAAAUGUGUUUUCAGAAUGGCACGUGGAAGAUCCAUCUGUGUAUCUGAUUAUCAUCGGACCAGAGAUUGAUCCGUUGUUUACCAAGGAAGUGGAACUGAAUGUUAAAAGAGCGAGGGGAGUGUUUCUAGCACUGGAGAGGCCACAGGAGGAGCUGCACGCUGCCAUGAGGAGAUCAUUCGCCUUGGUGAACAGCUCCGUCUCUGAGGGCAUGUCAGCCGCAGUCCUGGAGGUAAUGCAUCUGGGAGUACCAGUACUGGCAAGAAACAUCCCAGGGAAUGCAGCCAUAGUAAUACAUGAAGAUACAGGACUCCUAUUCUCAAACCCUCAGGAGUUCAUUGAGCUCUCCAAGAGGCUGAUCAGGGAGCCCUCAUUACGGGAACGUAUUGUCUGCAAUGCCAGGGCCUAUGUGAGGGAGCAGCACAGCAGAGAGAAGGAGAGGGACACCUACCAGCAGCUUCUUCAGCACCUACACUGAGCUCAGCUCAACUCUGCUCCUUCAAAACCUGCAAUGAACUCAGCACCACAGCUCCUACAGCACAUACACUGAACAGCUCCACAGCUCCUACAGCACAUACACUGAACAGCUCCACAGCUCCUACAGCACUUACACUGAACAGCUCCACAGCUCCUACAGCACAUACACUGAACAGCUCCACAGCUCCUUCAACACCUACACUGAGCUCCGCUCCACAGCUCCUUCAACACCUACACUGAGCUCAGCUCCACAGCUCCUUCAACACCUACACUGAGCUCCGCUCCACAGCUCCUACAGCACAUACACUGAACAGCUCCACAGCUCCUACAGCACAUACACUGAACAGCUCCACAGCUCCUACAGCACAUACACUGAACAGCUCCACAGCUCCUUCAACACCUACACUGAGCUCCGCUCCACAGCUCCUUCAACACCUACACUGAGCUCAGCUCCACAGCUCCUUCAACACCUACACUGAGCUCAGCUCCACAGCUCCUACAGCACGUACACUGAACAGCUCCACAGCUCCUACAGCACCUACACUGAGCUCAGCUCCACAGCUCCUUCAACACCUACACUGAGCUCAGCUCCACAGCUCCUUCAACACCUACACUGAGCUCAGCUCCACAGCUCCUACAGCACCUACUGAGCUCAGCUCCACAGCUCCUUCAACACCUACACUGAGCUCAGCUCCACAGCUCCUACAGCACGUACACUGAACAGCUCCACAGCUCCUACAGCACCUACACUGAACAGCUCCACAGCUCCUUCAACACCUACACUGAGCUCCGCUCCACAGCUCCUUCAACACCUACACUGAGCUCAGCUCCACAGCUCCUUCAACACCUACACUGAGCUCAGCUCCACAGCUCCUACAGCACGUACACUGAACAGCUCCACAGCUCCUACAGCACAUACACUGAACAGCUCCACAGCUCCUACAGCACAUACACUGAACAGCUCCACAGCUCCUUCAACACCUACACUGAGCUCCGCUCCACAGCUCCUUCAACACCUACACUGAGCUCAGCUCCACAGCUCCUUCAACACCUACACUGAGCUCAGCUCCACAGCUCCUACAGCACGUACACUGAACAGCUCCACAGCUCCUACAGCACCUACACUGAGCUCAGCUCCACAGCUCCUUCAACACCUACACUGAGCUCAGCUCCACAGCUCCUUCAACACCUACACUGAGCUCAGCUCCACAGCUCCUACAGCACCUACUGAGCUCAGCUCCACAGCUCCUUCAACACCUACACUGAGCUCAGCUCCACAGCUCCUACAGCACGUACACUGAACAGCUCCACAGCUCCUACAGCACCUACACUGAACAGCUCCACAGCUCCUUCAACACCUACACUGAGCUCCGCUCCACAGCUCCUUCAACACCUACACUGAGCUCAGCUCCACAGCUCCUUCAACACCUACACUGAGCUCAGCUCCACAGCUCCUACAGCACGUACACUGAACAGCUCCACAGCUCCUACAGCACAUACACUGAACAGCUCCACAGCUCCUACAGCACAUACACUGAACAGCUCCACAGCUCCUUCAACACCUACACUGAGCUCCGCUCCACAGCUCCUUCAACACCUACACUGAGCUCAGCUCCACAGCUCCUUCAACACCUACACUGAGCUCAGCUCCACAGCUCCUUCAACACCUACACUGAGCUCAGCUCCACAGCUCCUACAGCACGUACACUGAACAGCUCCACAGCUCCUACAGCACCUACACUGAGCUCAGCUCCACAGCUCCUUCAACACCUACACUGAGCUCAGCUCCACAGCUCCUUCAACACCUACACUGAGCUCAGCUCCACAGCUCCUACAGCACCUACUGAGCUCAGCUCCACAGCUCCUUCAACACCUACACUGAGCUCAGCUCCACAGCUCCUACAGCACGUACACUGAACAGCUCCACAGCUCCUACAGCACAUACACUGAACAGCUCCACAGCUCCUACAGCACAUACACUGAACAGCUCCACAGCUCCUACAGCACCUACACUGAGCUCAGCUCCACAGCUCCUUCAACACCUACACUGAGCUCAGCUCCACAGCUCCUUCAACACCUACACUGAGCUCCGCUCCACAGCUCCUACAGCACCUACUGAGCUCAGCUCAACUCAACUCAGUGUCGAUUGUAACAAGAUGCAUAUUCUCAAGCUUUAACUCAAGUUAUUUAAAGACUUUUUUUUUAAAAUAACUUGAGCUUUGUGAAUAGGACUGAGCUGUUGUAUAUAUAUUUGACACUGUGAUGAUUUUGAAUCCUUUUUUUAAUUGAUCAAGAGACGGAAGAAGUGCCUUUUUAUUACAUAGUUUUAAAACAGUAAUCAGUGGUUUGAUUGUCAAAAAAGCAGAGUAAUUGUAAACAUAAAGGUACAUAUCAGUUUGCAAAAUGAGGGCCAUGAAGGGGUACUUCUGUACUGUAUUUAUUAUAUUUAAAUUAUUAAACAAUUUUUCAGUUUUUUUCAGAGUAAAAAUACAAAUAAUGGUUUAAUACAUUUUUUAUGUGUUUACAAUUCUUGAAAUUUCUAUGGUUUUGAUGAAAAAUAAAAUAUUGAGGUGGA